AUGUCUGACCAGAAUGAUGAGCAUCCCCAGAAAAACAAUAUGGGUCACCGUUCUAGGAUCCCAUUCGAGAUAAUACUCUAUAUAGUCGGCUAUUCUGGUGUCGGCGAACAGUUCUUGCUCUUCAAAGCACUACCAGAUCUUGCCCAACUAUGCACAUAUCGACAAACAAGGAUAAAAGAAAAGCCCAAUGACGACACCAUUUCUCACAUUCUCGCAAGAGAGGGUGAAUAUCUUUUGCUGUACCAGCUCUUCAUCCGAGACCAAUCAUUGGCAGAAAUACCAAAUGCUGCUGGAGACACACCUUUGUUUUUAGCUGCAAAGUGCGGACAUGUUCCGAUUGUCAAAAUGCUAUUUAGCGAUCGACUGGCUCAAAGGACAAAUUUUCACGGAGAGACUGCCUUGUCUAUUGCUGCAGAGCACAAUCGAGUGAAAGUCGUCGAUUUUCUUAUUGCCCAAAAGAAUGUGAAUUUGAAUGCCUGCGAUUUCGCUCAAGAUACUCCACUUGCGGUGGCUGUGAAGCACGGAAACACAGAGGUGGUUAAGAAGCUCCUGAAAUGUCCGAACUGUGAAAUGAAUCUCAAAAACAGGGCUGGUGACUCACCGCUGUCACUUGUAGCUCAAUCAGGGGUGGGGACUCUGUGUGAUCUCUUGCUUCGAAGACAAGAGACAGACCCAAACUCCCCAGACAACCGACAUAGAACACCACUUGACCUUGCAGCUCGAUUUGGACAUGACAGCGUCGUCGUGGUACUGCUCAAGAGAUCCGAUAUUAACGUCAAUUCCCGUGACGAUUGUGGCGACACUCCUUUAUCUGUGGCUAUUAUAUACGGACAUAGAAGAGUCGCAGUUCAUCUUCUGGAAAGCCAGAAAGUCUUAAUCAAUACGGUCAAUCAUUUCAAUUCAACCCCUCUACACUACGCUGCCGCAAAAGUUCAAGGGUCUCUAGUGGAUAUUUUGAUUAAGCGAGAUGCGUCACUGGCGCGCUUUAUGAACAAUGCUGGGGGGACACCUGUAUCGCUUGCUCGAAAGUCUGGAAGCAAAAGGAUUACUGAAAAGUUGAUCGAAGUGACUGAAAUUUACAUCCAAGAAAGCUCAUGA